ACUCCCCAUGAGGAGUAUUUACCAGACUCUUGGGAAAAAAAGUUGGGAACUUUUCAGAAACUUUUAAUAUUGAGAUGCCUACGUCCAGACAAAGUGAUUCCUGGGAUUCAAAACUUUGUAGAGGAGAAGCUUGGAGCCCAUUUCAUAGAACCUCCACCAUUUGACUUGGCCAAAACUUUCCUGGAUAGUCAGUGUUCUGCUCCUCUGAUCUUUGUACUGUCACCAGGGGCUGAUCCUACAGCUGCCUUGUUGAAGUUUGCUGAUGAUCAAGGUUACACAGGAGAUAGACUUAACUCUCUUUCACUUGGACAAGGACAGGGACCCAUUGCCAUGAAAAUGAUUGCAGAAGCUAGAAAAAAAGGAACAUGGGUAGUUCUACAGAAUUGCCACCUGGCCCGUUCAUGGAUGGCAACUUUAGAGAAGAUUUGUGAAGACCUCACACUAGAAAAUACACACCCAGACUUCAGACUCUGGUUGACAUCUUACCCAUCAGAACACUUCCCUGUCACUGUUCUUCAGAAUGGAGUCAAAAUGACCAAUGAACCACCUAAAGGACUUAAAGCCAAUAUCUUACGAUCAUACAUGAGUGAUCCAAUAGGAGAUCCAGAUUUUUUUACUGGCUGUCAAAAGCCACAUGCCUUUAAGAAGCUUCUGUUUGGUCUCACCUUCUUCCAUGCUUUGGUGCAGGAGAGAAGAAAGUUUGGACCAUUGGGCUGGAAUAUUCCAUAUGAGUUUAAUGAAACUGACUUACGUAUUAGUGUUCAGCAGCUGGCUAUGUUUCUUAAUGAAUAUGAGGAAGUUCCUUUUGAUGCUCUGCGCUACCUUACAGGAGAAUGUAACUAUGGUGGACGAGUCACUGAUGACUGGGAUAGAAGAACACUUAACACUAUUUUGAAAAACUUCUAUUGUGAGGAAAUUCUUCAAAACAACAACUAUAUGUUUGAUUCCAAAGGUGUAUAUUUUGCUCCAAUGGAUGGUGAUUAUCAGAACUACAUAGAAUAUACCAAAAGUCUACCCAUCAUAGCUGAACCCGAGGUUUUUGGUAUGCAUCCUAAUGCUGAUAUCAAGAAAGAACAAGCUGAGACAAAGCAAUUGUUUGAUGGCAUCCUAUUGACUCAGGCUCGUACUACCUCAGGUGGAGGCAAAUCUGCAGAUGAUAUUGUGUCAGAGGUAGCUGCAGAUAUUCUUUCUAGAUUGCCAGCAGUUUUUGAUGUUGAAGCAGCAUUACAAAAAUACCCUACAUCUUAUAAACAAAGCAUGAAUACAGUUUUGGUUCAAGAAAUGGGACGUUUCAACAGUCUUCUGACAACUGUACGAACGUCUUUAGUAAAUCUUCAAAAAGCAGUAAAGGGACUGGUGGUCAUGUCCUCUGAACUAGAACAAGUGGCCAACAGCAUUCUUCAGGGUCGAAUUCCAGCCCUCUGGAUGUCCAAGUCUUAUCCUUCUUUGAAGCCCCUUGGAAGCUAUGUCAAUGAUUUCUUAAAGAGACUACGAUUUUUACAGGAGUGGUAUGACAAUGGUCCACCUUCAGUUUUCUGGUUGUCUGGAUUUUUUUUCACCCAAGCCUUUCUGACAGGAGGGCAGCAGAAUUUUGCUCGAAAGUAUACCAUUCCUAUAGACUUGUUGACGUAUGACUAUAAGGUGCUAAAAGAAAAAGAAUAUGUCAGUCCUCCUGAAGAUGGUGUAUAUGUCCAAGGACUCUUUUUGGAUGGGGCUAGAUGGGAUCACGAAGAAUGGCAACUAGGAGAAUCUCUUCCAAAAGUUCUCUUUGACCAACUCCCAGUGGUAUGGCUAAAACCUGUCCAUAAAUUAGAGUGUCAACAAACCCCCAGUUACCUGUGUCCAGUCUACAAGACCAGUGAAAGAAGGGGAACUCUUUCUACAACAGGCCAUUCAACAAAUUUUGUCAUCUCUAUGCGCCUACCAACUGAUCAACCAGAGAACCAUUGGAUUUGUAGAGGAGUGGCCCUACUUUGUCAGUUGGAUAACUAAAAGGAUCCUUGAAUGCCACAUCAUCAAGAAAACCCCAUUAAUGGAAAAGAGAAAUCAGAGGUUUCAGUAUCUCUGUCUUCACCCAUGACCAACCUGCCAGAAAGUUAUGUUAAAAAAAUUGUUCAGCAAGUUGACCAGGUGUGAAAAUAGGCAUGUCUGAGGCCAAGCUUAGGACCACAUGUAAACAAUCUAACACAGUGAAUUUACCAUACACAGAUCAACAUUCUAUGUAUGUUAAGAAAAAUGUAACUAGUCUUUCAAACACAGUUUUACCUUAAAGAUGUAAUUACCAAAAAUAAGCAGUUGUUUAUAACUUAACAAGUUUACGUGUCCUAACUAUACAAAGGAGUAUGUGUAUCCACUAGAAUUAAAAAACAUGUUCUGAUUAGAAGAAUAGUUCACCAUGAAUUGUCAUUGAGUUGCAGUGAAUGCUUACAGUAUUGAUAUUGUGAGUAGAAGUGAGAAUAAACAGCAGUUAAGAGUUUGCAAGAUUCUUAUGAUUGCAGAUGGUGAAGAUGUACCACCACCCUUGACCUGAAUAAGUUGCUGCUGUUGUUCUGAAAUAAAUGUUCUUAACUACAACAGGUUACCACAAAUGUUAUGUGCAAUUUAUCUCCAAUAUUGUUUCAAAAACUCAGGUAGGGAAUGACAACUGGAAAGUGUAGUUUAACCUUUCAAAUUACAUUACUCACAAAACUUAAAGGAUAAUGAGGUUUGUUUAAAUUUGUCUGUUAUCAAUUUUUAUUUUCAAAUUUACCAUGCUUGUAAUACAGGAUUACACUAAUCCUACCUAGGGAUUGCAAGAUUAUGCACCAAUGAUUCCUUAUGUAAUAGUCCUUUAUGAUAAAUGAUCCAAAUUCUGCAAAGUAAAAGGGUAAUUUCAGAUAAUUAGGAAAGUUGUUUACUGUUGAGAUAAUGCUAGGUUUAUGAAUUUUUUUGCUGGUAUUGGCAUUUGAAAAGAGUGUGCAUGCUGAUAGAACCAAUCAACUGAAACUAAAGUUUGCAAAGCUGUCACACUGCUUUGUGGUGGCUGCAUCCAGGCCGAAGUGGCACAGGUCUUGGGGGUGGCACAAUUUGUGGCCAGUAGAUUGUGGUACAAAUACCAGGCCAAAUGAAAAUACACCAAGUGGCCAGACCAGAGUAACAGAAGGGCAACAGGUACAGAAGAUGACUAGUGUCUGUAGAACUUAGCCUUUAGAAACCACACCAGGAGCACUAGGAGCCUCAGGAAUGAGCUUCAGCAAGCCAUUGGAGUGUUUGUAUCAUACUCAACAGUCAGGAACAAGCUCCAUGAGGCUAUGCUUAGGUUCAGGAUAUCAGUUAAAGCCAUUGUACUAACUCCAAGGCAUCAAACAACCCAGCUGGCACUUACCCAGAAACAUGUCACCUGGACUCUUUAGCAGUGGGCCCCUGUACUGUUCACAGAUAAGAGCAGCUUCUGUAUAUCUUCAAAUGAUUAACAUGUGAGGGUCUGAAGACAUGAAGGAGAGCAACAUUUGGCCUGUAACAUUGUCCAUCAUCAUGCCUUUUGGUGUGGAUCAGUCAUGGUCUGCGGUGGUAUCUACAUACAUCAAACCUCAUUAUUUAAUUUGUUUACCUGCAGUAUUUGUAAUAAAUAAGUUUCAUUGAUAUGAAAUGACAUGAAAAUGUUUUAUAGAAUUAAGUUCUGGGUGGGCUAUAUUCUAAGAAAAUAAUAUUAUUACUUUAAAACAA